UGCUCUGAUUGUGGUGCAGAGCAGCCUUCGGCAAAGAGGCGGUGUGAAGAAUGCUCAGCCAUCUUUCCCAAGAUCAGGAAGCCUGCACAGCUAGAAAAAAUUAAAAAAAUGGGACAAACAAAUCUUACAAUCCAGAGACGAUUGAUGGAAAAACGUGUAAGUAGCAUUAAAUGUAAUAUACACUGCAUUAAAAAAAUUGGGCAUCUUGUUGUUGAUAUCAUCACUUCGUUAGAUAACUUGAGUUACACAAACUUUUUCCUACAUGUGUGAUACUCUACCCUACAUGUAUAUGUGUAGGAAAACCAAGAAAAGUUCCUCAAUGAUUUCUUGUAAAAUGAAACAAGUGAAGUUCAGUUACGCAUAUAACCCUGCCUAAUUCAUUAUACCGUAUUUAUUCACUUAUAAGGCGCACUCGGUUACAAGCUUCUAGAAGUUACUUGUUACAGUGCCCUCAUUCUCAAAACAAAAGCGAAAAAGUCACACAUUACAAACCAUAGCAAGAAAGUCACACAUGGAAAAUAGCAUAAAAGUCACACGUUUGAAUUCACUCAAGUCAUCCUUCUCAGGAGACAGUGUGGUAAAAUUUCCGCACAGCCCCAUCCUACAUUAUGCAUUCAGUUCUUGAACAGAGAAAACAAUGACAAAAAACAAUACAUUUCCGUUGGGAAAACAGAUUUGUUUUACAAUAGUAUGGGGCUGUGCGGAAACUUUGCUGACAGUGUUUUAAGUUAUGAAUACUAAUUGUUCCGCUUUUCCGUUUAUAAACAAUACUCAUCUGGCAGAUCUUUCAUUGAUCAGUUGCAAAACUCAUCUUAAUCUUCGAGCAUUCGUUCAGCGUACCGUAAAUUUUCAGUAAUUAUGCCAAGUACCCUAGCUGGUACACGAAAUGGAAACGUCGCCAUGCUAUUUCCAUGAGAAGUAAGACGACUUUGGCUCCGCCGACAUGGAAGACAAGGUAGUGGAAUUCCAUCGCUUCGUGUCGAGAGCCAGACAGCGUUGCAGCUAGGAGUCCAGCCACAUCCUGAACAUAGACGAAACCCCGAUGAGAUUCGAGUUGCCAGCCACAAGAACACUGGAAACCGAACAGUGCCCAUCUUAUCCUGCGGAAGCGAUAAACAGAGUUUCACGGUCGUCCUAGCAGUGAAGGCGAAUGGUGAGAAACUUCCACCGAAGGCUAUUUUUAAAGGCGUUCGUCAGCUACGAAUUCAGGUGCCCAGAGGAAUGCAGGUUUCUGUACACAAGAAGGGCUGGAUGGAGGAAGAAGGUUUGUUCUUUUUCCUUUAUCAUUCGGAGUAUAUAAUAGCGGCCACGACAAUUUCCUCGAACGAUUUGUAGCCAAGUUUGCCAUAUUUCGUGGGAGCGAGGUUUGGAAUUCGUUCGAUUGUUUCUAACGUCAAUAUUUCAAGCGCAUGCUUUUUAGCACGUUCGCUGUAGAAAGUCAUGUCUUUAACUGUUGCCUAAUCACAGUUUGUCUUUCUAACUUAUAGGAACCAAGGAUAGGAUUCGGAAAAAUCUUCGAUUUACGCCUGGGCAUUGGGGAUUUCUAGUUUGGGAUUUCUUCCGCGCCCAUUUAAUGGUGCAGUUGAAGACCUACUUGGCAGACAAAACGUCGAUGUUGCCGUAAUAUCCGGUGGGCUCACUCUAGUUCUUCAGCCCCUGGAUAAGUGCAUCAAUAAGCCAUUCAAAGCAAAGGUCCGUGCGCAAUACGAAACCUGGAUGGUUAACGGCCCAUUUACUUACACGCCCUCCGGAAAGAAGCGAGCGCUCAGUAAAGAGAUGGUGUUGCGGUGGAUCGAUCGAGCAUGGAGAGAGAUCCCAGUUGAGUUGAUAACUAGAUCGUUCAAGUCCUGUGGCAUCAGCGAUGCUCUCGAUGGAACUGAAGAUGAUGCGGUUUGGGAUGACGAGGAAGAAGAAGCAGAGGACAUAGAAGAGCGGAUUUACAACGAGUUCGAGAGACAGCGAAGCCGAAGACGACGAGUAGCUGAGCUCAGCCCAGCUUUCAAACAAAUGGUUUUUUUCAGAGCCACCCCGGUUCUUUUUAGAACCAACAAAUCUGAUAAAGUCAAUGGUCAACGUUGGAUGUGUUUUGUUUAUUAAUUUACCGCUAUUUAUUUACAUACUCAUUUCAGUUUAUUAAGGAAAUUUGGAAAAGUUAUAUUUUGUGGCGCGAAAAUACUCGGAUAUAAGACGUACCCCAAGUUUUGAGCAGAUUUUGAUCAAACAAGCAUAUUUUCUCGUAAAAAGUGGUGCGCCUUACAAGUGAAAAAUACAGUAUGUAUUAUGUAUUACAUACAUUACCAGAUUGCAUGAUAGUAGUUCUUGACACUGAACACAAAAAAAGCUAGCUUUGAUCUUUACUGUACUCUAGGCUGAUAUUCUAAACGUGAAGCACGACUGUGAUGUUGUCAUCAUGAUGCAAAACAGGCAUGGUGAUGGUAACACCAUAACUGUGUAUGGCACUGCUGGUGCAGGGGUUGCCUUCAUUGGAAAUAAGAGCAACAAAAAGAUUUCAGAAGGUGGAGAUGUGGCAUUAAUGCUGUUUAAGAAGUUUCUCAAAGGUGCUGUAAACCAAUACUUUUCCAUUGAUAAUAUAGAAGCCCAUCAGAUCUACAUACUUUAUUAAUUACCAAAACAGACACUUGCACUAUAUUUAUUGAAUACCAAUGUCAAGUUACUAUUUUAUCAUCAUAAUAUUUUUGUUGUGGUUGACAAAAAAAAAUGUGCCAAACCAAAAAACAAAAAAAAAUAAAGCAAACUGAUUGGCUGCAUUAAUUUUGUAAACAUUAUCACUUUGAAUCUUAAUGAUGUUUAUUAAUAAAAGUGAAUUGGCAGUGAGAAGUGUAUCCCUCCAUCUCAGCACUUACUCAUGUUGCUUUCCAUUAGCAGGUUAGCAAGUUAUGUAAUUCUAAUUUCUAUGUAAUCAGACUUGACCUUCCUCAUUGUAUAUUAGUUUGUAAUGUGACUAUUGGCUAACUUCUUCUUUAUUUAGAUUACUAUUCAAGGUCUGGUAAUGAACAUUUGACAACUGCAUCUACCUCUAAUGACUCCACAGGUGAAUUGCCAACCUCUUCUCUGGAAGGUAGUUGAACUGUUUCUUCCUAGGCAUUUGAAUUGAAUAUGUCAAAAAUAUUUGAAAUAUUAGAGUGCAUCUAAUCAGGUUUUACAAUAAUUUACAUUGUAUGUUACACCCCAAAUCUAUCUCUUGGGGAUUUCUUGCUCACACAUUUAGAUCAGUCUGAAAGUUCUAGCAAUUGUGCAACUCCCAAAGUGCCAAAUGAGUUGUUAACUGCGGCCCCAUCUACUCUCUGCAAUGCAGGUUUGUUUUGUUCUUGUUUAUUUUUGUUUCCUUGUUUCUACUUUUGUUUAGUUUGUUUAAGGUUCCCUUUUUGGUUACUAUUGAGCACCACUUACACAUUAAGUUCAAUAUAACUACCUGAUACUCAGAUACCAAGUCUGAAAGUGAAGAAGUUGGAGCACUAGAUAGAGGGCAAGACAUAACAGCUGGGGCAGCAGCAGAAUCCAGUUCCCCAAAUAAUGGUUUGUAAUGUUUGUUUGUAUGCACUGUAACAACUUAUGCAAAAGUAUCUACAAAGGUAACAUUUUAGGAUUAAGUUCUUUCUUAAAAAUUAUAGGUGAUAAUUCAGUGUUAGCAUGUAUAUUGAAUUUUGCUAUCAUACCACAGAUCCAUGAAAUCUUCAAAUUGAUGUCCCAUUAAAGAUAAUUAAGAUAACAAAUUAUAACCAAGUGGACUCAGAAAAGGUCACUAUGCUACUCAUUUCGUUUCAUAAUAUUAGUACAGAGUUGAAGGUGCACUGUCAAUUGUAGUUUGGGAAGCUAGGGAAACAAAAGAGUCAAUGGUAGUAAAAGGUUUAAAAAUUCAAUUUUGUUCUUACAUUCAGAGAACAUUUCACAGGCAUUGCAUGUUUGGCUGCAAAAUCGUGCUGUUUCUGUGUAACAAGAUUUGAGUAUGCACCAUAAAUAGCCUAUUAAGAAAACCCAUCAUUUGAUUUGCCAAGAUAUCCAAUUAGGUCAAAGGGAAGUGUAAGGGCACUUUUGGUAAUUUGAAGAAUCCAGAAAAAGGUAACGCCUGCUUUACUGAUGUUGUAAACUGGGGUUAGUUUCAUUUGCAAUGCAAGCCACUUUUUAGCUUGUUUUUGUUAUGUUGUUUCUUUUUUUUCUGGUUUUUGUUUGAGCACCACGUAUGGAUUUGGAACAGUCUAAUUUACUUGAUUCUCAGAUACAGAGUCUGAAAGUACAGAAGGCAGAACACCAGACAGAGAGCAAGACAGAACGGUUGGGGCAGCAUUAGCUUCCAGUUCACAAAAUAAUGGUUUGUUUCAAUUGUUUGUUUUUCUUCAUUGUAGCAUAUUAAGUACAAGUCACAAUAAAUGCAUAGCAGUAUUGUUUUGUAAGACUUUCUGAUGUUUUCAGCAAAAACUAUAAUUUUCUUCAAGACCUGUGUACAUGUACAUGUUAAGUUGAUCUAGUAAAUAGUAUGCUAUGAAAUCCCUGUUGGUUGCAUAUUAAUUUUUUAUCUUAUAUUCUGUUUUCUCCAUUUCAACAGUGAUGGUGGUGUACAGACGUGACUCAGUUGUCAUGGCAGCUGGCCAUUUAGAGGAACAUCGAAGAGAAAUUCAUGGCAAGAGAGUACCAACAGAUCACGUUUGUGUACUGUUAACAGCAGCAAAAUCUAAUGUUAUGGCGCCAUUUAUUGCUGGCGAUCCAGAUGAAAACUCUUUUUGGAGAAAGGAAAGUUUUUGCUCUUCCUAA